AGUGAGUGAAAGGCAAGGUUUAAAGAAAUGUUAAAGUUUUAAAAUUUAUCAUUUAUUUACAAGUUGGAAACUUUAUACAGCUUUAUUACCUAUUAACUAUGUGUUUGAGCAUUUGGUACUGUUUUUCUACCAACCAACCCUAAAUGAAAUCACAGGGAGAAGGUGAGAAUUUGAGCUCCUCUCAGCCCAGCUACCUUCGGUUGCAGCCGGUUGUGGUUUCCCUUCAAACCAGAUCAGAAUCCAGAAGCUUUCUCCACUCAACUCUGACAUCAUUAGCUGGUGCUGUCCUGGUAGAUGGCUGAAACUGUGACUCAUUUAGGGAAGCAAAUAUCCCAGUCAGUGUUUCUCAAACCUGAGAUAUGCAUAGGUCCAUAGACGGUUUUUUUUCGCAUAACUUUAAUGCUACUUUUAUUAUAGUGUUAAUGAAAUGUAUGCAAACAAAACUACGCUUACAAAUUCUGCAAAACUGUCAAACUUAUAAUGAACUGAUGAUUGUUUUGCUGAAUGCGUGUUGCUGCUUAUGACAUGAGUGGGUUAGGACUGCGGCAGCGGUGGGACUCAGAUGGUGGUGCCUGAGCCACCGUGUACUGAAAGGUGGCAUCAGUUUUCUCCCACCUUCACUUCAGUGAGACUGCUACAGAGCCACUGUGCCUCUAGAGUGCUGUGAUGCCCUUUGGCCUUCUUUAGAAAUGAACCACAUUCAUGAGGUCUCUGCUUGUGACACUCAGAGUUGAUGUGAUAAAUUCUGAAGCAAUUCUUGGUAAGAAGGUGGUAAUUCUGUUUUGUUUUUUAAGAUUAAGACAGAAAUAAAAAUGUUUGGAAACUGUCAGAACUCAGAGAUCGACACUUGAGAGACCCUGUCCUGGUGGGUAAGAGUGUGAGCCCCCAUCAGGGCCACAGCUCUGCCAGCUGCACUUGUGGCACUGCGAGUCAGCUGCUCAAAUCUCUGAAUGUCAGCAUCCUCAUCUCUUAAUCACAGCACCUCCCUCAGAGGGCUGUUGCCAGGACAAAAUAAGAUGCAAGUAAAUCUCUUAGCUCAGUGCCUGCCAUGAAGUCUGUGGGUGCUGAAGAAGUCAUGAAUCAAAGAAGACAGAUUGUGGGUUUGAAUAGUAUAAUAGUCUUCAAGUGGAUUUUGGAAAGCUCUAGAUGAAGGUAUCAGUCAGGUGGAAGGUAGCAGAAUGAGGAGAGGCUUGACCACUGUCUUGUCACUCUACUUAUCCAUUUAAACUUGUGCACACUCCUACAUGGCGUGCUUUGCUCUAAGCUAUGGCACUGGGCAGAAAGGAGUCUGUUGAAACAGGUGUUGCCCCAUGUGUUUUUAUAGGAGCAAUAGAUAUCAUGUAGCAAUUUGAAAUGAAAAGAGAAAAAUCUCCCUAGCCAACCUAUGUUAGUAAAUAAACUUACCCAAUAUUUUAUCCCUAAGAAUCAAGAACUGAAAAAAUGGCAGCCCAAGGGAUGGAUGGAAAUAACUCUUCUGAGGUCGUAGCUUCUAUACAGCACUCGUGAAGUAUGUUUGGUAGCUACUGAAUUUUUGAGGUGAAAGCAAACACUUCCUGUGAGCCAAACAUGGAAGUAUUGUGGCAGUUCUAUUAUGGAAUAUCUAUGUGUGGCCCUGAAAUUGGCCUAAGUGUGACUUGUUGAGUUAAUGAUUACCCCAGCAGCUAUCUGAACUACUCGGUUCCACUGAGUUGCAAGCAGUUCACCUGCAGAAGAGUCUCCAGAAAGCAGCAUGUCUCCUUUGCUCUUUGGGGCUGGGCUGGUGGUUCUGAAUCUAGUGACCUCUGCUAGGAGCCAGAAGACAGAACUAAGUGGCUUUGGGGACCAGCCACUCUUCCAUGGAGCUGAUCGAUAUGACUUUGCCAUCAUGAUCCCUCCAGGAGGCAUGGAAUGCUUUUGGCAAUUUGCCCGCCAGACUGGAUACUUCUAUUUCAGUUACGAGAUUCAGCGAACACUGGGGAUGGCACGUAAUCGGCGUGUUGCUGCCACCGCACAUACCCCACAGGGUUUCCUCAUAGAUACCUCCCAAGAUGUUCGGGGCCAGAUUAACUUCUCUACCAAAGAGACAGGUUUUUACCAGCUUUGUCUAAAAAAUCAGCAAAAUCACUUUGGUACUGUGCAAGUAUACCUCAACUUUGGAGUCUUCUAUGAGGAGCCUGAGCUGGACCACAAACAGAAUGAGAGAAAACAGCUGAAUGAUACUCUGGAUGCAAUUGAGGAGAGUACGCGAAAGGUGCAGAACAAUAUUUUUCACAUAUGGCGAUACUACAACUUUGCCCGGAUGAGGAAAAGGGCCGACUUUUUCCUUCUUCAAUCAAACUAUAACUAUGUGAAAUGGUGGUCAACAGCCCAGAGUGUUGUUAUUGUUCUUUCUGGGAUCUUGCAGCUGUAUUUCUUGAAGCGUCUCUUCAAUGUUCCAACAACUACAGAUACUAAGAAGCCAAGAUGCUAAGCCAGGAUGACUGUAGUUACCCUGGCUCUUUCUGGGGUAGCAGCUUUGUCAAAGCUUUGGCCAAAUCAGCUUUGUAAAGUUAUUGGAAAAAAUCAAUUUCUGUUGUUAAUGUUUUGUCUAUUGCAUUCAUCAACAAAGGCAAAUGGAAAUAAAAUAAUAACAAUGUAAAAGUUCUAA